GAAUCGAGACUCAUAACCUCUCCGGUCUCCAUCAAAACAAGGCACAGCAACGCUCAACUGCGCCGUGAGUGGGGUUCCGAGGACGGGAGAGAGAGCCAACGCGCCGGUUUUGACGGCGUCGGGAGUGGGAUUCCGUGGCACAAACUCUUCUUCUCUUGCACGUUCAGUUGCGCGAAGCAGCGUCAGUUGGGGUUGGGGUUUUUUAGGCUCUGCAAAUGUCAAUGGUGGAUUUGGAGGGCAAAGAAGGUUACAGGCCUUCCACGGAGUACGUGGAAGACAGCAACGAAACACUCAUUAACUUGACUGACUCAACCGAGCUUUUGUUUCUUAAGUUGCCUUCUUCCAAUGAUUUUUUAUCUGACAUACAUGGGCAGAAAUUGUUUCUCACUCUUCAUAAUGAUGGUAAACUAGCCAGCUUCAAGGAUUCGUCAGGUAAAGUAUAUGAUUUUGUAAGCUAUUCUGCUCAGGAGCCAGACGAAACAGUUUUUGUUUCCUCUACAGAACCAAAAAUAGGAAAGAUUUCAAGGCGAGUUUCCACUGUCCAUUACUCUGAUCCUAAAGAACUUGAAAAUCUCAAUUCAACUAACGCAAAACAUGCCCAUGGAAAUUCUUCUGGAGUCACAGGGACAACUUCAUCUCGAUAUUUUCCUAUGCAAAGUAGUGGAGCAGCUUCAUCAAAAGGUAGCAGACAGAGAAGCUCUCUAACUGAAGCUAGUGAGCCAUCUAGUAUUUCAAAACGAAGACAUGCGUCUAAAUCUAAAUCCAACUUGUCCGAGGCCUCACAUGGUCACAGCACUGGCAUUUCCUCCAUGUCCCCGGAUCAUUCUCAUGAAGGAAAAGCAAAGAGAAGAAAACAUAAGGAAUAAUAAUGUUUCCUAUACUUGCCGUUGGCCUAUUUAUGGUGCAAUAUUUAGAGGUUACAUUCUACCUGGCCUUUAAAUAUGUCCGGAAAGAAUAGUGCUAAACUUUUUAUGUUGCAGAAGGACGAUAAAUUUAAAUGUUUGCAUUCUCUUUUUUGUCUUUUUUUUCCCCUUGUUUUGCAAAUGUUCAUUUGCUUCAGUUGGACAAUGUUCACUGGCGUGUACUGAAGGGCGAUAUUAAUUUUAUUGUUGUUUCUCUUGUGGUUUGGUUUUU